AUGGCCGAAAUCACAAACUACCCCUCCCUAUUCACGCUCACCUCCAAGACCGCCGUCGUGACCGGCGGCUCCCGCGGCCUCGGCCUGCACGCCGCCUCAGGCCUGCUCCACGCCGGCUGCAGCACGCUCAUCAUCACAUCGCGCAAAGCCGACGGGUGCGCCACCGCCGUGCGCGAGCUACAAGCACUACACCCGGCGGCCAGGAUUCUCGCCAUCCCCGCGGACCUCAGCAAGCUGUCGGAGGUGGAGCGCUUCGUGAAGGCGGUCGACGAGGCGACUGGCGGCAAGGUGGACGUGCUUGUGGCGAACGCGGGGGCGACGUGGGGCGCGCCGCUGGAGAGCCAUCCGGACGAGGGGUUCGCAAAGGUCAUGGAUCUGAAUGUGAGGAGUGUGUUUAAUCUUGUGAAGCUGAUGGUGCCGUUGCUGGAGAGGGCGGCGGCGGAGAGGGGCGGCGAUGAGAGGAGUCGCGUGGUGACGGUGGGGAGCGUGGCGGGGAUUGUGGUGGGGGCACGGGCGUGA